CAUUUCCUUUUCCGCUCAGCUAAUGUUACGCUGGAAUAGCCAACUCAACUGCUCAUUAUCGCUCUCUUUGACGUGUCUUCUCUCGGCAGAUUGUUGACAACCGUCCCAAAAUGUCGUGGAUUCGGCAAUCUGAUGAGAAAAAAAGUUCUACAAGAAUAUUAGUAGAAAAAAUUAUUAAAGAGGGAAAGAUUCCAUCUCAUAUUGCCAUAAUAAUGGACGGUAACCGCCGAUUUGCUCGGAAAAAUGGUUUAUCAUCUGUUCAAAUGGGCCAUAGUUUAGGUUUUGAAACUCUGGCCAAUACUUUGGAGUGGUGUUCACACUUUGGAAUAACAACUGUCACUGUAUACGCAUUUAGUAUUGAAAAUUACAAGCGAAGUGAGGAAGAAUUGGCUGGACUUUGGAAUAUUGUUAGAGAAAAGAUGAACAGAUUAUUUCAGGAAGAGGGUAAGCUUAGGGAAAAAGGCGUGCGUGUAAGAAUAUUAGGAAAUUUAUCACUUUUGCCUAAAGAUAUUCAAAAAUUAGUAUCAAGAGCAAUGAAAAUGACAUUGAACAAUAAUCAAGCAACACUGAAUGUUUGCCUAUCCUAUACAAGUCGGGAGGAAAUAGCCCAAGCCAUGAAAAAAUGCGCUCAAGGCGUCCAAGAUGGAAUAAUUUUAUCCUCUGAUAUCGACGAACGCGUCUUAGAAAGAUGUCUUUAUACUGCUGAUGAACACGGAUAUAAUCCUCCACAGCUUCUUAUAAGGACAUCUGGGGAAGUUAGAUUAAGUGACUUUCUGCUGUGGCAAUCUUCUUUUUCUGUAUUGUCAUUUGUUAGAGUUUUAUGGCCUGAAUUUAGUGUUUGGCACUUUUACGGAGUACUUCUUCAUUUUCAAUCUUGCUGGGGAGAAGUUUCCAAGCUACUUGAAGAACAUAAAAAAAAUAUCGAGGAACUUGACGAAAGAGAAAUAUUAGAGAUUGUUUCAAGAGAUUGUAUAAAAUGUUGUGAUACAGAACUGAACCAAAAAGUCAAAGAUUAUAAAGAAGAUAGACAAAUAAGGUUAAAUAACUUUUUUCAAUGGUUAAAUCGACGAAGAGAAGAAACAAUUGAAUCAAUGCUUUUAUAG